GGGGCCCCUCCCUGGCACAGCACCUCCCGACGCUUCCUCCUUGCGCUGGCCGCCUCCCCGUGGUGCACGCUGCGUAGGGCCGCCCGGUCUCCUUCCUCCGCAUGGUGCGCCUCCCCCCCCCCUCCUCCAGGUCCCCUCCGCCGUGCUCCUCCUCUGCGAAUGGACUCCGGUCGGCAACUGCGCAAGAUCGAACCCGCCGUCGAUCUACAGCCGCGAGUCACCUCCAUCCACUCCAACAACACCACGAGAUAACCCACAGCCUGUACUCAAUUUCAACAUCAGAAAGAUGUCGACCCCUGCUGAGGCAUCAACACCUAAUACACGUCGUAAACGUUGGUGCCUUUCCACAUCUGCAUCAGCUCCAGAUCCUAGUGCUGACUUCCCCGCAAGUUUCCAUGUGCCAUCAAGGCGCUCUAUUCGUUGUUGUCUGCCUGCUCAGCCUACUGAAUUUGAUGGAAUGAUGUCAGUCCCUGCGGAGGCAUCAAUAGCGAAUACACAUCGCAAGCGCAGACAGCCUGCCAUUGCUUCAUCAGCUCCAGUAGCACAACGGUCUGUCCGUCGGCGAACUAUUUCUUCCCAUCCAAACACUAUGAGUUCUGAUCUGCAUCUCUCAAUAAACACAUGUUCACCGUCGAUCUCUCAAGCCAUACAAGCUCCAUUUAAUGCACAUCAACUGUAUACAAAAUCGGGACAUACAAACUCGGUGAAUACAAAAUCGGGGCAUACAAACUCGGUGAAUACAAAAUCGAGGCAUACAAGAUCCGUGAAUACAAAAUGAAGGCAUAAAGUUUCGUUCAGAUUCUCGCUGUGAUAUUCCCAAUGCAAUUCCUAUGUUCUACAUGCUAAUUACCUAUGUAUAUUAAAUUUCAAGUCUAUACCUUUAUUCUUACUAAAUCCAUAGCCUCUCACGUGUGCUUCUUCAUUAUUAGGCACUAUUUUCUUGCCUUUGAAGUUUGGACCGUCGUCUUACACAUGCCAUUAUUGUGGAGCGCUUUUUUGGUACGAAGAACGCGUGAGACGAGAACGACAGACAUUAUCACCAGUAUACAACAAAUGCUGCAAAGAAGGGAGUGUCAUUUUACCUCCAUAUAAGUCACCUCCAGAACCUUUGCAUGGCCUUCUCACAUGAGUGGACAGAUCUCUAUCAACUCAUUUCUUUGAGAACAUCAGAUACUACAAUUCUAUGUUUGCGUUCACAUCUAUGGGUGUUCAUGUGAUUGAUUCUAUCAAUGAUGGUCACGGACCAUAUGUCUUCAAGAUAAGUGGUCAGCUCUGCCAUCGCAUUGGAUCACUCUUGCCAAGAGAUGGAGAGCGACCAGAGCAUGCCCAGCUAUAUAUUUUUGACACGGAUAAUGAGAUUAGAAAGAGAAUGCGUGUUGGCACCUAUAGGAAUAGUGGUUUCCAUCCCAAACAGGAAAUUGUUGCUGCACUUAUAGGAUGCUCAACACUUAUAAUCCAAUUGUUCGGUUGUUUAGGACAGCUCGUGCUAGACUGGCUGGAAGUACUGAUGAUAGGUAUAUCAUAAAAUUGUUCGGCAAACCUGACAAGCAUGGUGACAUAUUCAGUGCCCCUGUGGCCUCUGAGGUUGUUGGUUUAGUGGUCGGUGAUUUAGGUGCAAGUGAUGGUGGUCGUGAUUUAAUAGUAGAAGACCAAGUUGUCCAAUUAUGAAAAGUUGAAGAAAAGCACUCCAAAUUCAUGGUAAUGCAAUAUCCAAUGCUCUUCCCGUAUGGAGAGGAUGGUUGC